AUGGAUGACACACAAGCUUCAAUAAAAACAGCUGAAGCAGCAGCAGCAACGAGAAAACGAAGAUCGUCAAUCUUGAAGAGCCAAAGGCCUCCACGGACACCAUUUACUGAGCUAGAAUUUAAUGUUGCUACACCCACUAACUCACCAGCUAAGAGUAGACGCGUCAGCUUCUCACGAAAAACUGGAGUUGCAGAGUUUGUCACAAAUGAAGCUACAACCACAUGGAAAAACUUUUACGAAGAGCACAAUAAGUCUUUAGAAUCUUCUGCUAACGAGUCCGCAGCGAAUGCACCUUGUCCAGUCAUAGGGCACAUCGGCAAGAGAAUAUUCGACCAACAAUUCGAAGAAGUGGAAGUAGUUGAUAUCGGUGGUACUCUCCAAACUAAUACAGCCAUUCAUGAAUUUCAAUCGUCAUUCAAUAAUGUAAAUUUAACUCAACAGCUUAUGGCAUUCGAAUUGGAUUGUGUGGGAGAUGAUAAAAAACUUGCAGCUCCGGUACAACAUUUUGAAUUAAGUAAUUUAACAGAUCAUCACAGUAAGGUUUUUGGUGAUGAUCUCAGUAUGCCGGUGAUGAAUGAUAUGUCCAAUCCUAUUAGUAUGAACUUUUCGAAUAUACAACCACUAGGUAAAUGUGAUGAUUUAGAAGAAAUCGCCCGGGAUUUGGAAAGGCCGCACCCUCAUGUGAUGUGUAGACCGUUUAGCUCGAAAGAUGUCUCAGAGUAUAUAGAAGUUGAUUUGAACAUGACCAAUGUACUGAUGAGGAAUGAUGAUUUUGAUAUGUCUAUCACUGAUACCAUUCAGAGCCCUAAGGUGCAAGCGGUUAAACAAACGCCCCAUCAUGACACCAUAUCAAAUGAAACUCUCGUAGACAAAGAGAAUAUUGUAAUGAAUCCAUAUGUGACACCCAAAGAAUCAGCGAAUUUUGCAAUAAAUGAACAAUUUGACAAAGUUUUGGUAUUUGAUGGAAAGAAGUUAAGUGUUCAAUCUGAAAGACAGCCUAUUCCAGUGGUAAAUAAUGAAGAAACAGUACAACCCAAAGUUGCCAUGAACACAGAUGCAGUGCCAAAACGGAAAACUAUCGUAUUGAAUGUCAAUGAUGAUUUACCGAAUUUCAUUUCGGACAAUUCAUCUCUAAUAGUUAACCAUAUUACUAACAAAGGAGAAGAUUUUAAAAAAUCUGUUCUCUACAAUGACUGCGACCUAUCUAUCACUCAAGCUGUCGGCAGCAAAGUUGAGAAACCUAAAAGGAAAACCAUUGUUUUCGAAGAUGAUAUGGGGAAUAUCUCCAUUACACAAGCUAUUCCAGCCAAAGUUAUAAUCAAUGAAGAAGAAAAACGUAAAACUGUUAUAUAUGAAAAUAAUACAGCAGAGAUAUCUAUAACUCAGGCAGUAUCGACUAAUAUUAUUAAACAAGGAAUAGAAAAAACGGUUGUCUAUGAAGAUGAUCUUUCUUUCACACAAGUUUUGCCGGGAAAUUUAGUUUUGAAUAAAACAUCUCAAGAUAAAACUAUUUAUUACCAAGACGCUUUCGACAUAUCCGUUACUAAGGCUAUACCCGAUAUUAUAAUAAAAUCAAAAAGGGAACCACAGAGGGAAGAAAAUGAUAUAAGUAACAUUUCUAUGACUCGAGCGAUUUCAUCUAAUAUAAUAAUAGAUCGAUCAAAACAUGAUAGUGAUAAUAAUCACUAUGAUGAUUUUAAAGAUGAAGAUAGAAAACAAGAAAAAACAGAAAAUAGUAAUAACAAAAAUGAAAAAAGAAAAACAAUUGUGUAUGAUAAUGAAGCUGGCAACAUUUCCUUAACACAAGCUAUUCCUACUAAUAUUUUACUUGAGAACAAAAUGAAUAUUGAUAAAAUUGAUACAAAUACUGCUAAUGAAAGUUUAAAUAUAACAAAUUUUGAGAAGCCUUCAAACAAAAGGAAAACAAUAAUUUAUGACAAUGAUCAAGGAGAAAUAUCUAUGACUCAAGCUAUUCCUUCUAACAUUAUCCACGUGGAAGCUAAAACAAAUAAUACACAAUUGAAUGAUUAUAAAAAUAGCAACCCUGAAAAUAAAGAUAAUAGAAGAAACACUAUUCUUUAUGACAAUGAAGAAGGUAACAUAUCUAUGACACAAGUCAUUCCUGCCAAUAUUAUACAAGCACUUUAUUUGAAAAACAAGGUAGUGACAGCAGGAAAUGCAGAUUUAGUUAAUGUUCUUAAAAAUACAACAAGAAGAAAAACUAUUAUUUAUGAUAAUGAAGAUGGCGACGUGUCUAUGACUCAAGCUAUACCAUCAAAUAUAAUGAACCAACCAAAGUCUGAAAUAAAUGAAAUUGAAGAUGUCAAAAAUAAUAGAAGAAAAACUAUAAUCUAUGUUGAUCAAGAUGCUGAUGUAUCUAUGACACAAGUUAUGCCUUCUAAUAUCAUAUUAACGCAACCUGUCAAAGAACAUUUAGAAACGAAUGAUGAUAUAGAAAAUGACCCUAAUAUAGCGUCAGGUCAAAGAAAAUCAGUUAUAUAUGACAACGAUGAAGGCGAUGUAUCUAUCACUCAAUCGAUGCCUUCAAAUUUAAUUCUUACAAACGCAGAAAUAACUAAAACCGAAAUGUCAACAAAUGACAUUGAUAUGGAUAUAUCUAUAACUCGUCCAUUACCUACGAAUAUAUUUACUAAUGAAAAAAAUGAUAACGACAUGAAUUUAACGAAUGUAAAUCAAAAUAAUUCUUUGCGUAACAAUCUAAUAAAUAACUCGAAGGUUUUUGAACAAUCCAACUGUGGCAUAAGCAAUAUAUCAUUAACAAAGCCUAUACCAUCUGAAAUAAUGGAUAUCCAAAAAGAGAUUUCAGAAAAGGGCGUAGUUGACCCUCGUAAAAGCUUAUUUGAUGCUGAAUUGAAAGAAGUAUCCGUUCAGCAAGAUAUUCUUGUAUAUCAAAGUAUAGAGCAUAAUAUGUCCCGACCAAUUAUAAAAACAGAUGUUAGUUUCAAAAUAGAAGACAAUCAAAUUUGCUUGAAUACGUCUAAAAUAAAUAACACAUCGGUUAAAUGUCUAAAUAAAUCAAAUAUUAGUUCAGUGAAAGAGAACUAUAUGGAAGAAAAAUAUGAUAUCGAAAAUAAAACAUUAACAGAACAAAAAUCAUUUAGUAAAAAUAAUUCGUUAGUUUUUCCUAAACAAAAUAAGAAAUCCAUUCUUAAUGAGCUUUUAGAUAUGUCGAAUGCAUCACUUAUUGUUGAUCCCUUAGAUAAACAGUUAAUUGAAAACCCAGUCAAAAUGACAAUAGAAGACGUGAAACCAAAUGAAAAUGAAUCUAGUAAUAGCCUAUUCUUUAUUACUAGAGAUAGCGAGAACGAUAUGAAAAAAGAAGAUAUUGAAAAUGAAGAAAAAAUACCAAAUAAUACUGAAAUUAUUGAAGUUACGCAAAAAUAUACUCAUUAUUCAGAUGAAGAUGAAAAACACGAAUUGCAAAAUGAAUUAGAUGAGCCAGUUAUUGUUAAUGAAGAGUUUCCAAAAUCAAAUAGACACUAUGAAAAAAUGCUAAGCUCAGAUAUAAAAAAGGGUAAAAUAUUAGAUAAAUCAGACCUCAAAAUGAACCGAAGUGUCUUAAGAGAUAUAAAAUUCAUAAGAGACGCAGACGAUACUAAAGAUUUAUUAGAAAUGCUCUCUGAUUUCACAGACGGGGCCACAGAAGAACGUGGUGAAAAGUCAGUAGCAGCGAACGUGAGAAGUCAAGUGUCGAGCCCCGAACCAAGACGUUUGAGCUUUCUGCCAAAGAGGCAAUCUAUAGCGCUAUGUAGAGAAGAACUAUUCAAUAACAUAUCCAUGGCUCAAGCUGCUUUACAAAUGUCCCGAUCUUACAACGAUAGCGAUAAUAUAGAAGACACUCACGAGUCACCAGAAGAAAUUGAAAAAUAUCCGAACAAAACUGUUCGUAUGAGCACAGAAGUGGUCAAAACCUUGAAUUUUGAAGAUGAUGAGUCGAUUAGUGAAGCUAGUAUGGGAACGGAUAUGAAAACUACACCGCUAAAGAAAACUACUGUCGGUGAAAUUACUUACAUGAAAGACGACAAGGCGAAAGUAAUACCGACUUAUCUAAAAGACGUUUCUGAUGGCAUCAAAGCUCUAAUGAAUGAUUUAGUUAAACCCACAGCGGACAUACCGUUCGAGGGGGAAAGCCUAAUUAAAAAACCACCCUCAACAUGCAGUACACAGAUACAAGCAAAUAUUGUAACAUCAAGUCAGAUAGAUAUCGGUGCUGAACUUCAUUCCAACCCUGAAUCGAUUGAAAAUAGUACACCGAAGAAAUCUAUAGAAGCAGAGGUAGCAGAUUUAGCUAAAGGAGCUAUUACGCAAGCUUUAAGACAGUCAAUAAAACCGAUGGAUAUAUCGAUGGAAGUAGAACAAAAACCUGUUUCAGAAAUUAAUAAGAGUCCAGUUUCAAUACUGCUGCAGUCUCCUACAGCUAGACCUAGUCCAGUCAUUGUCUUCGACCAUCUCAAUCCUUUAAAUAAUAUUCUAAUAACACAAACAGAUUGUUCUAAAGUACACGGCUAUAACCCAAUAAAGAUGGACGAUUCUAAGGAAGAUGAUAAAGUUCAGAAUGACAAAAAGAAGGAAAAUCAAAAUGAAAUUGAGAGAGUGUCUACACAUCAUCAAACAGAGAAGCGAAUGAGCCAACAAAAACCUGAAGUGCAUGUAGGAGAUGGCGUGGAAAAAAUUAAUGAGUCUAACAGUAAAGAAUCAAAUAUAAGUAAGCCUCUGUCAAUCGAUCGCUCCACAGAAGGCAUGGCGACCGAACAUAAAGAUACAGAAAUCAAUACGUUAAUUGCGAUGAAAGAUAAUAAAGAAAUUUUAGAGACUAAUUCUUCUCUAACCCUCGUUGAUGAUGCUCUCGGUCAGCCUCUAGACAUAGAUAUGCAAGAUUUUGAAGACUGUGCAGGUCAAAAGUCUUCGGUCAAAAUCAUAUAUAAAGUGGAAGAAGAUGUGCAAAAGGACUUCGAUGUUACCUCAAAUGAUGAAUCUGAGAUGAACUCGAAUAGUAGGAAACGGAGCUACAGUCCAACGAAGCAGGACAAAAAAAUGGUUCAACCCGUUGACGUCACGCCAAAGCCAGUGAGCAAGAUGCAGAAAGUAUCGCUAAGUCCAAAAGUACCAGAAUCUAAAACAAAAUCUCCAGAUAUAAAAGAUAAUAAAAUGGAAUCUCCAGAUAAAAAUAAUAGUAGCCCAGAUAAGAAGAAAUCGCCUAAAAAGAGAAAUAGCAUGAAGCAAGACCUAACUGUUCAACAAGUGAUCGUAGACUGUUAUAAAGAUGCGAGUGCUGAUCGAAAUAUUGACAGAAAAUACCUUGAAUCCUACAAAAAUAGUACACACGAGUCUUUGGCUGUUGAAACAGUUUCUAAUACUUUUGAAAGUAUGAAAUCAGAAACUACUUUUACGAGCAGUAAAAAGGCUGUUUGCAAAGUCCUGUCAGAGAACAGUGACUUUGAUCAGAAAUCUGAUGAGGAGAGUUCCAAAACCCUGACGGAUUUCAGUUCCGCUGUGAACGUUGUUACGAUGAUUGAAAUGCUGCCGUUUAUGGGGGGUCGCAACUGUGAGUGGGAGACACGUGACGAUGAUGUGUGGACGUUCCUCCUGCUCCGGUCGCGGCUGCGGCUCACGGUGCGCCUCUCGCGGCCGCCGCGCCGCGUGCGUCCCGACACGCCCCUCGUGGCCUUGGACGUCACUGCCGUGCACGACAAAGAGAAAGAGCCAUCGUCGUCACUCUGCGUCCGUCUCGCGGCGGAGGCGAUGCGCUACGAGUGCGCGCAGUGCGGGUGCGUGGGCGCGGGCGCGGGCGCGGUGCCGGCGCUGCUGCGGCGCUGCGCGGAGACGGCGCGGCUGGCGCUGCUGUGGGCGCGCGUGAUGCGUGACGCGAGGCUGCGGCUCGCGUACCACCUCACUGGGGACGGGGAUUUGACCUUUAAAGUGGCGAACACGCGCCUGCGCGCUGUGUGGGAGGUGCGCCUGCGCGUGGAGCUGGUGGUGGGCGACGCGGCGCAGAGCGCGUGGCCGCGCGCCGCGCGCGUGCGCGUGCUGCCCGCGCUGCCCGCGCCCGCGCCCGCGCCGCGCGACCUGCAGCGGCUGCUGGACGGCGUCCGCCACGACUGGGGACACGCGCCCACCACCAUAUGUACCGUUUUCAUUGAAAAUACUGAAAAAUUUGUUAAAAGCCUCGAAUCUGAAGUAGGCAAACAAAAAACUGAUAUUUAUCCAUUCAUAGCAAAUAUGACUUUAAGCUCAAUAUGUGAAACAGCAAUGGGAACACAACUGGAUGAAGAGACGUCAGGAAAAUUUCGGGACUGUGUAAUUAAACAACGUCGAGAUGACGGCAAUUACAAGAAUUUAUACGUAGAAGUAAUGAACGAUUCGGAAGAAAAUUUUUAUAGCAUUAAAAAGAAACGGUUGGCAAUGUUAGAUUUAUUAUUAGAUAUUGAGGAGCAGGGAAAAAUAGACACGGCAGGAAUUAACGAGGAAGUCGAUACAUUUAUGUUUGAGGGAAAUGAUACAACGUCAGCAGCUCUUCUGUUCACUUUCAUGUUACUGGCUAACCACCCGGAAGUACAGGACAAAGCCUUUGAAGAAUGCUUAAACAUUUUUGGUACAUCUAAACGGACUGCUACCAUGAGUGAUCUUGCAGAGAUGAAGUAUCUAGAAUGUUGCAUCAAAGAAUCACUGAGACUUUACCCACCAGUAUAUUUUAUAUCAAGGACCUGUGAUGAUCCACUUAAUUUAAAAAACUACAAGUGUCCGCCUGGGAUUGAUUGUGUUAUUUUAAUCAUCGACUUACAUCGACGGAGUGAUCAAUUUGUUGAACCAAUGCGAUUUAAACCCGAGAGAUUCAUGGAAGAGCCUACUUGGCACCCUUUCGCAUAUAUACCAUUUAGCGCUGGACCUAGGAAUUGUAUAGGUCAAAGGUUUGCAAUGAUGGAAAUGAAGUUGGUGUUAUCAGCAGCGCUUCGUAAAUAUCGGCUGUUGCCUGUUACUAGGCCUUUAGAUAUUAAUUUUAUCGCCGACAUAAUUCUGAGACCGAAGGAUCCCAUUUAUGUUAAAUUUGAAGAACGA